AUAUUUGCUGCGAAAAACGGCAUAAUGUAACUUUAGGAAUAGAUAAACACUUUUUUUUAUUCUGGUAGGUGUUGAGGAAGCAGCAAGGAUAACCUGGAAGUACAUACAUGCUACAUUAGCGUGUGUUCCUCAUAAGCUCCCAAUUCCUCAUUUUAACUAUCAGUACAACUAUGAACCGCUGUACAAGAAAUUUAUUUAGUGGUGACUGGAAUUGCCUCCUCCGCGCUCUCCCAAAAACACAGACAAAGUGCCACCGGUGUUCGGGAACGGCACUUAUUAGUUUUAGCCGGGGUCAGACCACGGCCACGGCGCAAACUCCAGAUGCCGGAAAACGAGAGAAACCUCCACUUCGAGCCAUUGACUUGGCCCGAAAGGUCCGGCAGGAGAAGUCCAGCACGGGGGCGGCGGAGCCCCCCGUGUCCGGCUCUCAGAAGAGGGUGACGGACUUGAAACGGUUCAGUCAGCAGCUUCAAAAUGUUCAUCCCAACGUGCUGGCGAAGCACCUGUGCAGAGGCGUGCUGUACCAGAAUCAGCAUCUGGUCGUCAUCAACAAGCCCUAUGGUGUUCGUCUCAGAGAUUCCUCUGGCGAGACGUCCAUCACCUCCGUGCUUCCUAUCCUGGCUAAAAUGAUGGACGGGGUGAAGGUCAAGUCAGAGUCUCAGCUGCUGCCCAGUCUGGGCCUGGAGAAGGAAAUGACAGGCGCUCUGUUGUUGGCAAGGAGCGAAGAAGCGGUGGAGCGUGUGCUGGAGCUCAACAGAACUAAUCAAGUGCACAGAAAGUUCUGGGUCGUCACAGUGGGUGUACCGGUGCCAUCCGAAGGCACGAUCGACAUUCCCAUCGUCGAGAGAGAAGUCACCGGUUCUCAGCCUCACUACAAGAUGGCUUUAAGCCCCGUUUACAGAAUGAACGACGCGGGAGAUGGACUAGCUAAAGUCAAAGGCAACCGCCAAUCCCUUCCUGCCGUCACGAAGUACAAAGUCCUGGACAGUCAUAGCGGAUGUAGCCUCGUGGAACUGGAGCCUCUUACUGGAGUCAAGCACCAGAUGAGGGUUCAUAUGGCAUUUGGGUUGGCGUGCCUCAUUUUGGGCGACCACAAAUAUUCACACUGGAGCAAGCUGGCACCACAGAAAUUACCGGAACGCCUACUGGGCAAGCUCGGCCUCGAACAAAGCAAGAUCCGACAUCUUCCGCUUCACUUGCACGCCCGUCAGCUGACAAUACCCAACAUCGCACUCGGGAACGUCAACGUGCGAUGCCCGAUGCCGAAGUUCUUCACGCAAACGCUCAGUCGGCUAAAUUUAACUUUUCCGAAGGAAAAGGACGACCAGCGUCAUUGUAUGAACGUCAUCACGAAAAGACAGAGCACAACGGUCAACAUGAACUCCCGACUCAAGGACUGUCCAUUUGUAUUUAAUCAUCUGUACACAAAAGAUGUUGAAAAUGUUUUUAUGAGUCUCAAUCACAACCUUUUGACCUGAGAAA